AUACAGUAGCCAUCACCAUCAGCAUCAUCUGGUCAUCACAGCCUUACUCACUCUAAUCUAUAGAGAUAUUUUCCAUUCUCAGUGAAAGUCAAGAACAAGAAAUGCUACUCUCUCUUGUACAAUCCAUUUACACAUCACCUUUUCAAUCCACAAUUCACACUAACUUGAAGAACUCUAAUACUUGUUUUGAACCCAAAUCACUGUUUCCCAGUUAUGAUGCUUAUCAGCCAUCAAAAACCGUGAAAAGGUUGCUUUAUCUAAGCAGAAAAUCUUAUACAUCUAGAAGGUUCACAACCAAUGCUUCUUUGCUUGAGGCUCCAGUUUUGUGGGCUGGCAGGCUUUGCAUCUUCUACGCACUAUUGAAGGCUGGUUUAGCUGGAUCAAAAGCUAACCCACUUGUCUCUGGUUUGGAUGGUGCUGGUGCUGGUGCUGAAUCUGGUGAUUUGGGUUUCUCCAAGUGGCUUGAGAACAUACAAGGGAAACCAGAGAAGGAAGCAGCUGACAGAAGGAAAUUGGUGAGCAAAUGGCAUCCUACAACAAAGGGAACACUUAGAAGGAAUUAUAGGGUGCCUUCCAAAUCUGAAGGAAGGCGCCUUCUUAAAGCAAUUGCAUCAUUACUAUCUGAAGAUGAUCACUUUACUGAUGCCACUUCCCACAAGGGUUGCCAAAUUAGGAGAGAGAGUGCUCAUGGCGAAAGUGUGUGCUGCAACAAUGUAAGGGCUCUGUUCGAUGAGCUCCCAACCCCACACCUGAUUGUGGAAAUCACAGCUUUUCCUGCUGGCCCUCUCACAGAAAAAGACUAUUCCAAGGCUGAGAAAUUAGAGAGAGUGCUUAGGUCUGGCCCUUCCAUCUGAAGCAUUCUUCAAAUCUUCUCGUCUCCUUUUGUACGUAUCCACACUUUCAUUUGUACAUAGGAAUCAGCAAAAUGAGGUGGAACCUUCUACCUUUUUUCUUUCUUACAACCAACCUUUACAAGAGUGUUCAUCUAACUAAGGUUCAACUGCUUAAUUUUGCUUCAACUUGAAGUUACUUGAGGGCUGAAUAGUCAACUGUUUCUACGAAUUUGUUUGCUUGAA